AGAAUGGCUGCACAAAACCACUCUGCAGUGACAGAGUUCAUUCUUGGAGGUUUAAUAAAUCAACCAGAGCUCCAACUACCCUUCUUCUUCCUCUUCCUUGGGAUCUACUCAGUCACCAUGAUAGGGAACCUGGGUGUGAUAACACUGAUUUGUCUGAACGCUCAGCUUCACACCCCCAUGUACUAUUUCCUCAGCAGUCUGUCACUAUUAGAUCUCUGCUACUCCUCUGUCAUUACCCCUAAGAUGCUGGUGAACUUUGUGUCAGAGAAGAACAUCAUCUCCUAUGCAGGGUGCAUUUCCCAGUUCUACUUCUUCAUUGUGUUUGUCAUUGCUGAGUGUUACAUGCUGACAGUGAUGGCCUAUGACCGCUAUGUUGCCAUCUGCAGACCUUUGCUUUACAACAUCAUCAUGUCUCAUCGAGUCUGCUCCCUCCUGGUGGCUGCAGUCUAUACCAUGGGGCUCAUUGGCUCAACCAUAGAAAUUGGCCUCAUGUUAAAACUAUCCUAUUGUGAGCACCUCAUCAGUUAUUACUUCUGUGAUGUUGUCCCACUCAUGAAGCUCUCCUGCUCCAGCACCUAUCAUAUUGAGAUGACAACUUUCUUUUUGGCUGGAUUUAACAUCAUAGUCACCAGCUUAACAAUCUUCAUUUCCUAUGCUUUUAUUCUCUCCAGCAUUCUCCGUAUCCACUCAACAGAGGGAAGGUCCAAAGCCUUCAGUACAUGCAGCUCCCAUCUUGCAGCUGUGGGAUUGUUUUAUGGAUCUACCACAUUCUUGUACUUAAAACCCCCCACAGGCAGUUCCCUGGCCCAGGAGAAUGUGGUCUCCCUGUUCUACACCACAGGGAUACCCAUGCUGAACCCCCUAAUCUACAGCUUGAGAAAUAAGGAAGUGAAGGCUGCCAUGCAGAAAACACUAAGGAGAAAACUCUUUGGGUGCAAAUGUAAUUAUUCUUUUUCAGGUUGA